GGCUAAUCAGCGGGUCCUUCACUUGACUCCUGCAGAGGUCAGUUGGUGGAUCGGGCUGACUGCCGGCUGUCUGUGUUGCGGAGGCGUCCUGAAGGGUACAGCUCUGGCCCAGCGAUGGACCAGGAGGACGAGCGGCGUCAUGGAUAGAGCUCUGCAAUGACGCACGAGACCCUCACUUAUUCCCAGCUGUCGGCCAAAGCCGCCGCCCUGCGCAUGAUUCACCUGCCACUGUCCGUGUGCGGUUCUGUGGCACGGCUGCAGGUGAGCCCGGGCACCACGAAACUGGUCGCCGCCACCGCCUUCGGUGCCAUCUCACUGCUCUUUCUGGCUCGCCACUUCCAGAGGAGGCGGGGCCGAAAGAAGGCCGUGGCACCACCAUGGGAGCAAGCUGCCCUCCAGCUCUUCUCGGCCGCCGCUGCCACAAUGGAGGACGAUAACACCAGUCAGCAGAUCACGCUUUCCCUCAAGUCCAAGUCCGGCUUCUCCACUGGGGCCCCUAGAGAACGUUCUGGGUCUGUGCAGAGCCUGGCCUCGGUGCAAAGCAUGGACUCGUCCAGCAGCGGAACCUGUGCCAUGGAACCCAGCUGCUGGGACCGACUUGGCGAUGAUCCCCUCUGCAGCAUGGUCACUACUCCCGAAAACCUGUACCUCAUGGGUAUGGACUUAUUCGAAGAGGCUCUGCGGCGCUGGGAGGAGGCCUUGACGUUCCGUAGCAAGCAGGGUGAAGACGACCUAAGCUGUGUGUCCAUCAAGACGGGAGGAGAGGACGCCAUCACCGAGCAGAACAUGGACGACGUCAUCAGUGCAGAGUUUGUCCACAGGCUGAAGUCUCUGCUGCAGAGGGCUUACCGCCUCCAGGGGGAGUUUGAGGGCGUGUUGGGCAUGUCAAAGCCUUCAUCCAAAGCCAGCAGCCAAGACUUUUUGGCCGAGGACGAGCAGGAUGACGUGUGUCUGAGGGACAGUAUCAGCAUCGCCUCCACAGACUCCUUUGUGUCUGCCGCCGAGCUGUCGGAGCACAAAGAGCUGCGUAGCAUCUACUCACUGACUCAUCACCCUUUCUACGAAGAGGCCUUGCAGAUGGCGGAGGAGGGCAAGGUCUCCUGCAGGGUGCUACGGACGGAGAUGCUGGAGUGCCUUGGAGACGUGGACUUCCUGGCCAAGCUGCACUGCGUGCGGCAGGCAUGUCAGCUCAUUCUGUGUGAAAGGACCACCAGAUUGUUCCUGGCUGACACUAGCAAGAAGAUCUUGUCCUCCAUCAUGGUCCAAGCACAGAAGAGCCCAAAGAGAUUUGAGGAAGUGUUUGAAGAGAUGAUGUUGUUCUUGGAGCAGACUGAGCACUGGGAGAACACUGAGGUGGAGCUGGCCACAAGCGGGGUGAAACACUUGAACUUCUACGACAUUGUGCUGGACUUUAUCCUCAUGGAUUCCUUUGAGGACCUAGAGAACCCACCUAUCUCUAUCCAGAAUGUCGUCAACAACCGCUGGCUCAAUAGCUCCUUCAAGGAGACGGCUGUGGCGUCCAGCUGCUGGUCUGUGCUCAAACAGAAGAGACAGCACAUGAAGGUUGCAGAUGGCUUCAUUGCCCGCUUCUACACGCUUUGUGAGCAGAUCAGUCCCGUCCUGGCGUGGGGCUUCCUGGGGCCAAAGAGCCCCCUGCAUGAUUUCUGCUGCUUCUUCAAGGACCAGGUACUGCACUUCCUCAAGGAUAUAUUCGACCUGGACAAGGUGCGCUACUCGUCAGUGGACAGUUUGGCUGAGGAUAUGUUGCACCUGCUGCAUAGGCGCUCUGAAUUGCUGCUGGCCUACCUGGGCACAGACUCCCUGCCACCCACCAGCAGUUGCAACGCCGCCACACUGCAGCUGAUGCCUGGCACUCUCAUGGAGGCUCGUGUUCAGUGAUGUAGCGCUUACGGUUUGAAGAUGUACGCCUUGUCCAUCAUGACAACGAGGCUCCAUGUGUGAUCUGUGCAGCUUUCUCAGGUUUGUUAAAACCAUGACUGCACAUUUGGUCUAAGAUAUCACAGCAAUAAUGUUUUUCCUGCAAGUAUUCAAAUUAAAAGUAUAUCAUUGCUUGCAGCCAAAACACAGCACACCAAAUAUGCUAUUGACUAUAGGAGGUCAUUUGUAUCCCCCUUUAAAAUUAUUCAGAUGGGAGUACAGACUGAAGGAAAUCCUAAUUUAGCCAAUAGAAGAGCAUGUGUUGAAUAUUUCACUACACUUCAACUACAUAAGAUGUUUUUAGACAUUUGUGCACGUGGGCAUAAUUUCACUUUAACUUAAGAUGGAUGUGCUUCUGGCGGUAUGGGCAGGGGCCCCACAACUAUUUCAUGUACGUUUGUGCUAGUACUAACUGAUAUGCAAGUUGCUUCAAAAAAGUUUGGGUGUCCUCAUCCGAGAGAAAAUGGGGGUGGGGGGAGUGGGCUAAAUGUUGUACUGUGUGCUCACCUUCACUGUCACAGAUUUGGUGUUUAAAUGUUUUUCAUCCACAUGCAAAGUUGUCUGUGCGUUCAUGUCCACAUGAAAUAAAAGCUGAGAAGAGUCUGUCAGAGGCACAUUUCUUACACCUUUAUUAAUGAACAAGAUUCAAACAGCACAUGAACUGUCUUUACCUCAAAAGGCAAGCUUCCUCCUGCUUAAUAACCCCCCCCCAACCUCCCUCAUUUCCUCCCCCACAUCAUGACAGUUGUAAAAAGGCAGAGCCUGAGUGGGACAUUUUAAAUGACACAUCAGCCAAUAAAAGACAUGUUCAAAGUUCA